CCUUGCUUCGUAUCCUGUGGAGUUCUGGCCAUGGCGUCCCUCAGCCCUGGCGUCCAUGUUGGCCACUCUCGCACCGAUCGGCCCCUGGUGCGGAGUGCGGGGGCCGGCGCCGUGAGACCUCCGCUACCAUGGCAGGCGCCGGCCUGGGCUGCUGGUGUUGUGCUCGCGAGAGGAUGCCGCACUUGGUCGCGGAGAGGCCGCGCGCUGCGCGACCUGCGCGCUUCCCGCACCGUGCGCCGCUUCCGCUCGCAGUGGCGGGAGGUGGCUGGCUGCCGGGUGUACCUGCCAGCCGGCAGCAAGGGCCUGCAGCCCAGCUGCGUGGUGCACUUCCUGGGCUCUGGGCUCCUAAGCUCAGCGCCGCGCUGGGGGUACCGGCAGUUCCUCGAGGCUAUCGCGGAGGAGACAGGUGCGGCGGUGGUCGCGAGCCCUUGGGUUGGCUUGGACCACGAAACGGCGGCCCGGGAGGCCGCGGAGGUCAUGGACGAGGUGCUCCUAGCGCUACAGCGACAAGGCGUGCGCGUGGCGGCACGGCCCGUGUGGGCCAUCGGCGUGGGCACCGGCGCUGCGGUGCAGCUGCUGCUGGCACUUAACGAGCGACGCGCAGGCCUGGUGCUGCUGCGCAUGUCCACGUCGGAGCUGCGCUUGCCAAAGCUGCCGCCGGCGUUGGAAAAAGCGCUGCCAGCAGCGCUGCGAGGCAUCCACCUGCCAAAGGAGCAGUUGGAACAAGGCAGCCGGGCCGCAGAGGCGCUGCUGCGGGCCCUGGGCUUCGCAGCUCGGGGCAACUCGCAGGCGGCGCAGGCCCUUGAAGCAGCUGCGCCCGGGGAGAUCGCGCAAGUGCUGCGCCAGGUCUUGCCAGUCACAAGGGAGCUCCUAACUGGCGAGGAAGCCACACCGAAGCAGACGGACUUUGCCCAGAAGCUCAAGGAGGGCGUGGGGAAUCUGCCGAAGCGGAUGAUGUUGGUGGAGUUCAAUGACCCCCAGGACGACUCGGCAUGGCUGCUGUCUACCUUGGGCUGUGAAGAGCAGAAUCCCUCCGAGGAGGACUUUGGGUGGGACCCUUUGGACGCCAUCGAUGCUGAGCUCGAGAAGGAGCUUGAGGAAGCCGGGCUACUGGAGGAGAACUGGGAAGAGGAUGAGAUGGAAGAGGAGGAGGAAGAGGACGAGGAGGUUCAAGAAGCAAGAAGCCAGCUGGAGGCCCAAUGGGAAGCAGAGUCUGACAACAUCCAGGAAUGGGAGGACGAUGACGACCGGCCUCGUGUCGUAGAGCUGCUGCGCGUGAAGUGCAGUUCUGACUCCCUGCUGGACUUUGACGCCUCAGUCGACCAGGGCCUUUCAGGCGCGGUGGGCCGCUUCCUGCGGCGCGAGCCGCCGCCGGAGUCGGCGAACGGCGCGGGGCGCGCGCUGGCGCAGGCAGGCGCCUUUGCCCUGAAGGCACACUUGCUGCGUCUCACUGCCGGAACCAACCGCGGCUUCGGACCAGUUUCCUUCCAGCGACGAGGCGACAUCUUGGCUUGCAUCGCGGAUUUGGAGGUCAUGGCCCCGUUCCCUGGGCCUUCAACAACAGUCCCCGAGCAGCUGUUCGGGAGAUGGCGCUUGAUCUGGUCCACAUCACCAGCAGUUCUCUUCCUGGGCUCCGUGCCUUUGCUGGACUGUGGGGAAAUCCUGCAGGACAUCACGCAACGGAAGGAGCUGCAUGUUUCGAGCCGCGCGCGGCUGGCGAUCCCCGGAAGUUUGCCCGGUGCGCAGCUGGAGGCCGCCUGGCAAGCCUGGGCAGAGGUAGUGUCAGCAAGGCGCCUGGUGCUGCAUUUCAAGUCCUCCAAAGUGGGGCCUCUGCAGCUGCCAUUGCCGCCGUCACAGAACCUUUCCACGACCUUCCUGGAUGAUGAGUUGCGCAUCUCGCGUGAGGGCACUGGCGAGAUCUCUGUAUGGAUCCGAGUUUAGUCUAUGGCCAUGAUCGGCCUCAGAAUCCCAC